GUGCCAGCGGGCGCGGGCGGCGACGGGGCUGAGUCCCUGCCGCGAGCCGAGCCGAGCGCAGCGGGGCCGGGGCGGCGGCGGCGGGACGAUGGCAGCGCCCUCCGGAGCCGAGGCGGCGCUUGUAGCCCGCGGGCGCCGGCUGUGGUCGGUGCUGGCGGCGGCGCUCGCGCUGUUGACCACCGGCACGUCCGCCCUGGAGGUAUAUACGCCGAAAGAACUCUUCGUGGCAAAUGGGACACAAGGGAAGCUGACUUGCAAGUUCAAGUCUCCCAAUACCACCGGCACGUCGACCUCAGUCUCCUGGAGCUUCCAGCCAGAGGGGACGGACACCAGCGUGUCGUUUUUCCACUACUCGCAAGGGCAGGUGUAUCCUGGGAACUACCCACUGUUCAAGGACAGGAUCCGCUGGGCUGGGGACCUCGACAAGAAGGAUGUCUCCAUCAACAUCGAAAACAUGCAGUUCGUACACAACGGGACCUACAUCUGUGACGUCAAAAACCCUCCUGACAUUGUCGUCCAGCCGGGGCACAUUAGGCUCUAUGUCGUAGAGAAAGAGACCUUGCCGCUGUUUCCAGUUUGGGUGGUGGUGGGGAUAGUAACCGCCGUGGUCCUAGGGCUCACCCUGCUCAUCAGCAUGACCCUGGCUGUCCUCUAUAGAAGGAGAAACGCUAAGCGGGAUUACACUGGCUGCAGUACCUCAGAGAGUGUGUCACCGGUUAAGCAGCCUCCGCGCAAGUCCCCAUGCGACACAGAGGGUCUGGUAAAGAGCCUGCCUUCCGGAUCCCACCAGGGCCCGGUCAUCUAUGCGCAGUUAGACCACUCUGGCGGACAUCACAGUGACAAGAUUAACAGGUCAGAGUCUGUGGUGUACGCACACAUCCGGAAGAACACAGCCUGAGCGAGAAGCAGACGCAGACCGGACUCUUGUGCAGGAAAUACACCUGCCCGUGACCACGUGUGACCUUGGAGACCUGGGCAAGGGCGAGCACACGUGUGUCCACGGAGGAAGAGACGUGGAUGGAUGAUGCGCAGAACUAUUCUAUUUAAUCACACGCAGGGGCCAGCGUUGCAUGAUGAGAUGCUAUGAUUCGACGUGUGUAUCAAUGGUCUUGCCGUUUUGUGCUUCCUUUCAGGGUCAUUUACGGUUGAGCAAAGUCACAAACCCAUUCCUGUCACUGUCCUUUAGAUGUGGAGGUAGUGGAUCCCUGUAUUCUAGUAGACGUGGCCCUUUGGUCUAAGGGCUUAACCAGUCUUAGCUUUUAUCGUGGUUGGGGAGCGGGGGUGCUAACGCCGGAAGCACCCGGAAGCGCGUCCCGGUGGCCUCUACCCAGUGUCCGCACCACCUGUCAGGCUGUCUGCCGAGCUCUGCCACUUAAACACAGUUGGAAAAUGUU